UCCUCGUCUCUCACUUGUUGGAUGCGCACGUUCGACUCCCCGCGGUUUCCCGAGUCCCGUCGGCGACACGAGGCGCCCGAGCGCUGCCCCGACCGCGUCCCCGCGGGUCACGCGCGCGCAAAGAGGCGUUUUUAUUUUUCGCAUUAUGUGCGUUUGUGCAUCGGCUGCGGCGCAGUGAAGAUGCGCGUCCGGUACCUCUAGUCUAGCCUGCUCCCCGACGGGACGCUUGGGCUUCGCUGGCUGCGUCGCGCGCUCUGGACUCGUCUUUGGGAAAGUUCCACGGCAGUCCCACGCGCCCCCACUCACGGCUCUCCCGCUGCGAUAAGGAUGCUGGGACCGUUCCACGGCCACGCUCCGAGCCGGACACACGGACUAUGUGCUGUAACUAGACCAGAGAUGCUCAGUGACUGCCCAGUGCUGUAACCUCUGCCCUUUGACCUCUGAUUCUCUCUUCACUUUCAACACUCCUCUGAUGUGUUAAGCUACUUUGCUGAACAGUUUGAUGGAGAGCUGGUCGGAUGACAGCUGGAACUGUUGUCAUAACCGGAGGAAUACUGGCCACAGUGAUACUUCUGUGUAUCAUAGCUGUGCUCUGUUACUGUAGACUCCAGUACUACUGCUGUAAGAAGAAUGGGUCUGACAGCGGCUCCAUCUCCCAGCAACACUUCACCUGCAACGCCUGCAGUGUCACCGGGCUGGACGGCUCCGUCAUCACCCCUCUGUCCCUGUCCCCUCCAGAGGCGUCCCGCUCCUUCGACCUCUCCAAGCCCAAAGGGGGGCGCUACUGCCCCACCUGCUCCCCCUACGACUCGCCCUUCUACAUCCGCACCACCGACGAGAUGCGCAAUGGCGGCGAGCGCAUCACCUACAUGCCCACGCACUAUGAGAACCAGGCGCUGGCGAUGCCGCUGCCCGCCGUCCGAGGCCCCCUGCUGAGGGAGGCCCCACGGGGCCGGCCUCCUGACUUCUACACCAACACUCGAGCCAUCAGCACCGAGGUGUGACCCCCCCCCCCCCCCCCCCCCCCCCUCUCCCAGACGCCCCCGACACCACCCCUCACCCACGCAGACGCGCUUCUCACAUGCACCCACACCAGCACCACCACAAUGACCGUUUGACACCCACAGUGGCUGCCAGUGAGGAUCUGCUGCACUGAGACUGGACCCAGCGGUUUGUGGAGGUUGCAUUAUCACAUAGUUUGGGUUUUGGGGGAUUUAAGGGUCGUCUACACUAAUAAAGACUAAGAUGUGUGACAUACAGUAAAGGGGGAGUCUCAAACCUAUUUCCUCACUUAAUACCCUCAAAUUUUACCUAGUUCUAAAUACAUUAAUAAAUAAUUGACAGUAGGUGAAACUGUAGCUGUAAAAUGUUUUUUUCGAAAGCUGUGUUUGGACAUGAAGGGCAUGGCUGUCGACCGUUUGUUGACUGUUACUGUGACUCUACUGACUGAGGGCUAUCUUACUGCAGAUCAUUUACUGUAUGUCUUUUCCUGACUAUUUGUCUUUCCAGUGACUGCCAAACAGUAACUGCGGUAGUGGGAAAUACUGUUAGCAGCAACUAUCAAGCAAUUGUGUGAUUUUACCCAGAGUGGACAGUGAAAUACAUUGUGAAAAGCAAAAGGAGGAAAAGUCAGCAUCCCCUCUGGAGUUUUCUGUGUCUCUAGAAGCAUGUUAGAGUUACAGGAAAGGUUAAAGGGGUUGGAUGAGUAGAGCUCUCUCUAUGCAAACUGUCUAACUUCUGCAUUACCAGCCAUUUUUCUUUAGAGGUUUUCACAACAUCCACUUUAUUGACAAAAUAUCACGAGCACUGUGCCGAUGCUGCACAUGUAGAUAAACCCAAACACGGAGCUGGACGUGGCUCAGCAUAAAGACUCCUGCAGGUCAGACACCGUGGCUGUAGUUCGACUCCAAGCAAGGACGCCUGAGACCUCGAAGGCAGCAGCAGCAGGUUUGGGAGGAACUGACUGGAUGUGUCCUUGCUCACAGUAACGCAAAAAACUUCAAAUGUAAAUAUUAAGCUGAAGCAGUGAAAGCUUCCCUUCAUCCCGUCAUGCUGUUGGUGGUGGAGAAAGGUGCACCCUGGGUUUUGGAUGAGAUGUGUUCUGAAUCAUUUUGAAUCUUUGAACUGCACAUGGUUUUAAGUUUACGUUCUUGUGAUUGAAAAGCGUUUUGCAGCGGUCAUUUAUUUUCACAUGACACCUCCUCUGCAUUGCUUGUCAUACACAGUGUUCCAAGAUAUAUGUCCUAAUAUUUUUAUGCACAGCAGAAUUCAGUGGUUGUCUAAGCAGUGCACUUACUGGCAUUAGGAUUCUAUGAUGAGCAGCUACGUGAUUUGUAAAAGCCAACUGCAAUACUUUUACUUUGUACAUUUUGAAAAACUUCAGGUUGUGUUCUCCUUAGAUAAACUAAAUGGAAUAUUAAUCACUAAAGGUUGGACAAAGAGAUAAUUGUCCACUAUCACAGUAAUUGUCACCAUUGUCUUAUUUAGCCAUUGUAUUAACUUUCAAUUUUACUACUUACCUAACAUGUUAUCUUUGAACAUAGAAUCAAGACAUUUUUAGAAGUGUGGUUAAAAAUAUAAUUGUACAUGAUGAAUACAGAAACAGUAAUAUUGGACAGUGUUCAAUUUUGACAAUUAAAGAUUUAUAACAGCUUGAAA